AGACGAAGCUGGAAUCAGAAAAAUGGUACACGGACAUUCUUCGUCAGUGGAACUACUCAUCUUAUGGUCAGCGGAGCUACUCGUCUUGUGAGUCAAGUCGCACACUUUGCAUGGAAAUCAUGUGUUGACUUGUUUCUGUAGUCUUCCUUUCUUUCCAAAGAAACAAUAGGUGGAGAUGAGUACGAGAAGUGAGAUCAGGUCGACGGUGACCUGACAAAGACAAAAAAUGUUGCAGCCUCUAUCUCUAAUUCUCAACAAAGUCUUCAACAGGAGGAGGAAAGAAGAACGCCGGCCAUAGCCAUAGAUGGACGAGAAUGGAAGAGCGAGACAUCGACGAGCUAGAUGACAUUGAGGAAUACACAGACUUGCUAUACGGUGGUUCUGGUUCUAGUUCAACAUCAAAGAACAAGAAGAACGAACUUAGAUUCUCGAAUAGUCCCCCGAAGAGGAACAAAAGAGGACCAGGAAAGGUGCUGAAAAUGAAAGCUUCUUCUACUCCUUUCCAGUUGAACGGGAAGGCCGCGCGUUGUGGUGGUGGAAACAAGGGAGAACAACGUAGAAAUCACGCAGCUCAUACAAGCGAUCGCACAGGCACAAUUGCUCCAGAGAAUAACAUGUGGUCUUUCUACCAGGACUACUACCGGCAAUUUGGAGACUUGUUGAAC